GAAGCCACAGAGACAAGAACCUCCCGGUGAAAAUGAAGUUGUUUGAUGCUCACUGUCACCUUCAAGACAAGAGAGUCAUAGACAAAGCACCUGAGCUCAUAGCUGCUGCUUUAGCUGUCGGUGUUACUAAUUUCGCAGUCAAUGGAAUCUUUGAGAAAGAUUGGGACUUGGUGAAAGAGAUGGGAGAGACAUAUCCUUCUGUGAUUCCUUGUUUUGGACUUCAUCCUUGGUUUAUUGCAGAUAGGAGCCCUCAUUGGCUUAACACAUUGAGAAAGUUAUUUGAGACAACUCCUACGGCUGCUGUUGGAGAGAUUGGUUUGGACAAAAGUCCCUUAGCAGCAGGCAUCGAUUACUCAGACCAGCUUGCCGUGUUUCGUCCUCAGCUUGAACUUGCCAAAGAACUGAACAAACCAGUAGCUGUUCAUUGCAUCGAUGCAUUUGAUGAUCUACUCGAGAUAAUGAGAUCAGUAGGGCCUUUUCCUGCUGGUGUGAUUCUUCAUUCAUUCAAUGGCACAGCCGAAGUUGUUCCUAAACUUGCUGAGCUUGGUGCAUACUUCUCCCUCUCUGGCUGGUUCACUUACAUUGAUGAGAAUAUCGCAAAGGACACUUUGAAAUCGAUUCCUUGCGAUAGGUUCUUGUUGGAGACAGAUUCACCUGACGGCUUACCAAAAUCUGAUGCAAGCUCAGAGCCAACUCUUAAUGACCCUGCAAACAUUGUUGCUGUACUAGAAUAUGUUGCAAAUCUGUCAAACAUGAAGAAAGAGGAUCUUGCGGAGUUAACUUAUGCAAACAGUGUAAGGUUGUUCUCUUAUCCAGAUUCUAAAUUGCUCAAUGAACAGUAAAUGGCGUGUAUGUGGGUCUCUCUACACAAUAGUAACAUCACCAUCUCUGGUUAAAGAGACAAAGAACACUCAUCAUCUUCCACUUCUGCUGUUGAUUAUUUGUUUGUUGCUAAUAAAACUUUUUCAUUUACCAAAAUCAUCUUUCACUAAUUAAUUGUUGUUUCUAUUACUUGGUGAAUGUUGCAACCAUUUCUUUUUACCAAUAUGUAUUUUUAUUUUAUGUUCUUGUGUAAACCAGUUAUGUUGUUCUUAAUUA